AGUCUCCGACGGCCGCCCCGACCGGUUUGAUCCAACUUCUUGCCGCAGCUGGACCUGGGGCCUUUGCUACCGGACGUUGUUUCGGGGGACUUAUACGCUUUCUGUUUUGGGGACAAUCUAAGUGACCGGUCGUUUUUGUUUCGCCAUUUCGUCGUCAUGGCUUCAGCUCGCGGUCCCCGAUGGCAGCAGUUCUUGCAGGAAUUGGUGAUGGUUGCGGGCACUUCGGCAUCAGCAUACUUCCUUAUUAGAUACCUCCUAUCCCGCCUUGACUUUGACCCCGAGAGUAAGAAGAAAGAAGAACAACGGCGUAAAUCGGCCGCAAUUCUACGGAAACUCGACGGAGGAGACGAAGAGUCAGAUGAAGAUUCACCGCGUCGCGGAGGAAAAGGUGGGCGCCGGCAAAAGAGGGGUGAUCUAGUCCUCAACCAGUAUGAGCAGGCUAUCGCCAUGGAUGUAGUCGCUCCAGAUGACAUUUCGGUGUCAUUUGAGAACAUCGGAGGUCUGGAUGAGAUCAUCGAGGAGUUGAAAGAAUCGGUCAUAUAUCCUCUUACGAUGCCUCACCUCUACGCUUCAACGUCAUCGCUCCUCACGGCGCCAUCUGGUGUCCUUCUGUACGGGCCGCCUGGAUGCGGAAAGACCAUGCUUGCUAAAGCGCUCGCCCAUGAGAGCGGGGCAUGCUUCAUCAACUUACACAUCUCUACACUGACCGAGAAGUGGUACGGUGAUUCCAAUAAACUGGUCAAUGCUGUAUUUUCGCUUGCCAGGAAGUUGCAGCCCUCGAUCGUCUUUAUUGAUGAAAUCGAUGCCGUACUGGGAACACGACGAAGCGGGGAGCACGAGGCCAGUGGGAUGGUCAAGGCAGAGUUCAUGACCCACUGGGAUGGUCUUACUUCAGCAAACUCGAUGGGCGAGCCCCAACGAGUGGUCGUCCUGGGCGCCACUAAUCGCAUGGGAGAUAUCGAUGAGGCCAUCCUCCGACGGAUGCCUAAGAAGUUUCCCGUCUCUCUCCCCCCUGCAGCACAGCGGCUUCGGAUCCUCAGCCUAAUCCUCAAGGACACCAAAGUUGAUCGGAAUAACUUUGACCUCCAGUAUCUUGUCAAGGCCAUGGCGGGUAUGUCAGGGAGUGAUAUUAAGGAGGCCUGUCGAGAUGCCGCCAUGGUGCCGGUGCGCGAACUUAUCCGCCAGAAAAAGGCGGACGGGCUCAAGAUGACAGCGGUCGAUCCCAAAGAAGUGCGCGGUCUCCGUACGGAAGACUUCUUUACGCGCGCUGGGGGGGUCCGGGUCAUCCCUCCACCCGCCCAGCUACAGAACAAAGCCAACUCGGAGAAGGAAUGGAGCACCGAGUCCGAAGCAGCAUCUGAAGCUGAAGCACGAACACCCGCGGAGAUGGCAGAACCGCCUGAGUAGAUGGCCUCCGCCUUCUUGGAUGUUGUAUGAAUUGCUUUCAUUCUCUUGUGGAUAUACUUUCGGAUAUAAUGGCUCUGAUUUGUAUGGGGCUUACGCCUCCAACCGGGGUGCAUCGAGUACCUGCAUGAUGGAACGGCUGACCUCGAUAUACCCGCUGACGAAAUCCGGAUAUAAA